UUACAUAUAUGUAAAUGGCUUAAAGUACCGCAGCUUACUUGGUCAAUACAUCAAGUUUCCAGUCCCCGUUGACCAUUAAAAUUAUAUCUAUUUAUAGUUUGUACAUAGAACCAGUGCAUACCAAUUGAUACUUACUCAACAUUACGUAAUUAUUACGCUAUCAGAGAGAUAACAACAUGAAUAGUUUCGAUGAUUUAUUAAAACAUCAUUUAAAUAAAGAACAAAUAAAACAAUUCAACAAAAUAUAUUAUGGAAGAGAAGAACAUUGUGUAAUAAAAUUGAAAGAAUCGACGAAAGCUGAAAUUGCGGACGGAAAUUUCGAAGUAUCGGGUUAUUCUUUCGCUGCAGCAAAAGAAGAGUUUAGGAAACCUAAUAUUUUGAGGUUAGGCCUAAUACAGCAUUCAAUUGUGUUGCCAACUAAUCAACCGAUAAAGAACCAGAGACAAGCCAUUUUCAAUAAGAUUGAGAGGAUUAUUAAGGUAGCUGCAUCUGAAGGUGUGCGUAUCCUUUGCUUGCAAGAAACGUGGUCGAUGCCUUUUUUCUUAUGCACGGGUGAAAAGAAAAAAUGGAAGGAAUUCGCAGAAUCAGCUUCAAAUGGACCAAGUACAACUUUUCUGAGUAAAUUGGCCAAAGAAUAUGAAAUGGUAAUCAUAUCACCGAUAUUGGAAAGAGACGAAGAUGAUAAAUGGUGGAAUACAGCUGUGGUAAUUGACGAAGAAGGAAAUUAUAUGGGCAAACAUCGAAAGAAUCACUUGCCCAGUGUAGGCAGCUUUAGUGAAACCGCCUAUUAUGAACCUGGCAACCUAGGUCAUCCAGUGUUCUGUACAAAAUAUGGAAACAUUGCUGUGAACAUCUGCUAUGGAUAAUAUGAAAUAAAGUUGUUAACAAAGGA